GAUGUCCAGGCAUGGAUUCUCUAGUGCGAUUGUCAUUCUUGAAUUUUGAUUGGGUGGCACUGUCAACGUCACAGCAACGCGCCACUGCUGUCACUGAAGGUAAAGACGGCAAGUUGAGCGAGCAUAGGAAAGGAAAAGCAAGUAAAUCACGGGAAGUAAGUAAAGUAAGUAAAUCAAGGCAAGUAAGUUCGCGGGAAAUCACAAAUAAUAUUAACGUUCAUGAACUUCUUAAUGAUGUGAAACCCUGGCCAUUGCAGAGUCGAAACAGCGCAAUGGAAGAGGUAGUCUCUCAAAAGAAGCGGAGAAAAACAGGACUAUUUCAACAAUCCCCAGAAUACUACGAUCGAUAUAUAGAGAAGCCACUCUACUUCAGUAAAACUGUACGAGAAGAGGCUGAUCUCAGUGCCAACAACCAUGAAUCAGAAAGUCCUAAGAUGUUGGAGUUCACAAUGCAAAUCCACGAAAUGCAGUCAAAAGAUCGAAACAAAGUUUUCCAGAAAGAGAAUUCCUGCCAAGAAAAGAUGAACUUCGAAAGUAAAUUCAGAACUGUUUCGGGAGAGCGGCAAAGCCCUUCGAAAGUUGAUAACUAUUCCAAGUCGCGCAUUCCAUUCAAGAAGAUCCAGACCUUCCCUCGAAAUCACACCGUGUUGCCCAUUGAAGAUGCCACAAGGUCUCUCAGAGACAUUAAAUUAAACUCCUUAAAGGAGAAUGCAAGGACUCUCAGGAGCAGAAAAACUUACUUUUUAAAUUCUCCCAGAGACAGGAAAACUGAGAUUAAAUCAGUCAUUAAGACU